UGAUGGCACACAUCAUUGUUCCCUAUCAGUGGUUAAGAUCUUAGAAACAUUGGCGACCCGCUCAUUUGCUUUAACAUUUGUAGUAAAAAUGAUGUAUUAUAGUGCAAUCAUCGUAUUAUUUCUCAAUGUAUUUUAUGUUAUGGCUCACAAAAUCCUCGUAUUGUCUCCCAUCACAGCGCCCAGUCACACGAAUUUCUUCAAACCGAUCGUGAGCGCGUUAGCCGAACGCGGCCAUUCUGUUACUUAUUGGAAUGGAUUACCACCUGACCCAUGGAUGGUCAGUAAUCAGACAACCAAUCUACGCGUCCUCUACUCACCGAAAUUGAAAGAAAUCAACGCUCAUCAUAAGACGAUCGGAUUCCAGCAUCGCGACAGUCCGUUCGGUCUAUUAUUGGGCAUUCCGAAUCGUAUGGCGACUUACUGCACGGCCAUUUAUCAGGAUCCCGUUUUUCAUCAACUAAUGAAUUCUACGGAACGAUACGACUUAAUCAUCCUCGAAGCCGUAUUUAACGAAUGCGUUCUACCAUUGGUUCGCAAACUCGAUGUGCCCUUCAUCUACAUGAUGGGUCUUGCCCCAUCUCCGUGGCUCCUGGACGCAGCUGGUUCGUCAUUGAACCUGGACCAUUUACCACAUCCUGGUUCGAAUUACGCCGAUGAAAUGAACUUUUGGCAGAGGACAUUCAACACACUGUCCGGCCUUGUAAUGUCGUACUUUCAUCAUUGGUUCGUGAUGCCCGUUGUAGAUAAAUACGCAUCCGAGAUGCUUGAAAUCGAUGACCAGGAGCCCGUCUUUGAUACUGAGAAUCGCUAUUUGAGUCUGGUCAUUGUCAAUACUCAUUUCAGCAUCAAUUACCAAAUGUCUACACCUUCGGCAGUUAUCGAAGCCGGUGGAUUGCAUUGCGUUCCACCUAAACCACUACCACAAGAAUUGGAAACAUUUGUCAAUGGUGAUGCUGGAUUCAUCAUCGUUAGCUUCGGUUCCAUUUUAAAAGGAGCCGAAAUUCCGGAUGAUGUACGUCGCAUUUUUCUAUCUACUUUUGCCCGCCUGCCACAACGUGUCGUUUGGAAAUGGGAAGAAACGAUGGGCGUCCAAGAUGAAAUGAUUCCAUCUAAUGUUAAACUGUUGCCUUGGUUACCGCAACAAGAUCUCCUCGGCCAUCCCAAAGUGCGUCUAUUCAUCACACACGGCGGCCUUUUCAGCAACCAAGAAGCCGUUUAUCACGGCGUACCGCUUAUUGCUUUGCCCGUCUUUGCCGACCAGCCCAUCAAUGCUCAAAAGGCCCAGGAUGACGGUUACGCUAUUCGACUUGACUGGAAUAAUUUGAGCGAAAACGUUCUCUAUGACGCUAUUCAACUUGUACUUUCUAAUCCAAGGUACGCGCAAAAGAUGAAAGAAAUUUCGACGAUAAUGCGAGACCAAACAGAACAUCCACUUGACAGGGCCAUUUACUGGAUAGAGUACGUCAUCCGUCAUAGGGGAGCGCCUCAUUUGCGUACGGCCUCGCGCAAACUUUCCCUUUAUCAACGCUGUCUCGUCGAUGUGAUGUUGUUUGUCUUCCUUGGUUGCAUACUGUUUACCUGGGCAACUCAAUCGCUUAUUCGUGCCCUUUACCGCAAAAUUCAGAAAGAGAAGGCAUUGAUUAAUGAUGAUAAAAAGAAGAACUAGACACGCGAAUUUUAUUUUUGUUUAACCUGUUAGGAUGAACCUUCACAAACAAGUUUUUUUUUUACAGAUGUUUAAUUUCCGCUGCACCCUAGAUGUUGAUCGUUCUAUUAGUCUGUGUAUCUAUUGCUAUGCAUUAGGUUAUACGACUCUCACUUACAAGGAUAAAUAAAUGCGAACGAGACGUGCGGUUGCUAAAUCUAAG